UCGUUUUGGCCAUGAUUGGGAUCCUGCAUGCAUGAAAAUGGAUGAAGUGCUCUAUAGCAUUGCGGAGAAAGUGAAAAAUUUCGCUGUGAUUUAUUUGGUCGAUAUUACGGAGGUUCCUGAUUUCAACAAAAUGUAUGAAUUGUACGACCCAUGCACGGUGAUGUUCUUCUUCCGCAACAAACACAUUAUGAUCGAUUUGGGAACGGGUAAUAAUAACAAAAUCAAUUGGCCACUGGAAGAUAAACAAGAAAUGAUUGAUAUUGUGGAGACAGUGUAUCGAGGAGCAAGAAAAGGUCGUGGUCUGGUUGUAUCUCCCAAAGAUUAUUCAACGAAAUACAGAUACUAA